AAUGACAACACUUUAUCAAUAAGUUAGCAGUAAAUAUAUUUUUUUAAUAACAAAUCUUAAAACUUCUUAAAUAAAAAGGAACAAAAAGGAUUUUAUUUACAUUGAUUAGAAAAAAACAAGAGUGCAGCAUAACCGAUAACGUCAACUUCAAAUUAGCGAAGGUUCACCAGAAGUUAGGUUAGUCUCUUGUGAAUAUUCCCGUGGUGGUCAGUUUCGAGAUGAUAGGCUUCAUCAAUUCUCAUUGAUGAUAAUUUAGCAAAUAUUCGGUUUGUUUUUUAUGAUUGUUGUUGUGUGUGAUUGUUUUAUAAUUUAUUUUUUAAACUAAUCAGUUCAAUAUAAUGAUUUCAACUAAUAACAAGUCUCAGAAUAUGUUAGAUAGUUUAAAGAAAUUCAGAUUUGAAAAGAAAACUGAUUCUCAAGUUUCAGAAACAGGGUCUAACAAUACUGAAUCUGUAUCUUCUGAAGUCCAUACAAUAUCUGAUUCAGAAUCAAAUGAUUCAGUACAACAGAACAACCAGGAUUCUAAUUCACCUAACUGUGAGUCACUCAAGAAAGAAAAUGAGGCAGAAGAAGAAGAGGAAGAAGAAAAGGCUAGUUUUUUAAAAAUAGAGAGUGUUCGAACGAUUUCAAGUGUACACUCUGUUUCUGAUUCUGAUAGCCAAGACAGUAUUAUUAGGAGAAAAGAUAAUCGUAUUAGUCCUGCAAUAGUUUCAGAUUCAGAAGAAGAGGAAAAUGAACCUAUUAAAAAAUAUUCCAGGAUUAAGACUAUGAAUUCUGGUCAGUCUAAGAAAAAAUCUGUCAAAAGUAGUGCUAGAGAAAAAAGUGAAAAUGGAAUUAAAAAACGUAAAGCAUCAACAUUAGAGGAGAAGAGUGAAAAGAAAAAAGUUUGUGAUGGUUCGGAACAGCAAACAAAGGGUUUUGAAGGGGGCGAAAACGAGCCAAAGAUUGCCAAAAUAUUUCCUCCUAACAUUAAAGCUGUUUAUACUAGUGUAAUCAAACUAAAUGUUCAAUAUACUGCUAAGUGUAAAGUUUGUGGAAGUGUUGAUCAUUCAGAAUUACAAUGUUCUUAUAAAAAUUAUAAGUGUAAUAAUUGUCUAACAUUAGGCCAUCUUGCUAAAGUAUGUAUCAAACCCAAAGUAGAAGAACCUAUAAAAGAUAAAUCAAAAGAAGAAAAAUCAAAGAUGACAAUGAAAUCUAGAAAAGAAAAAAGUACUGAAUGGAAGCAUAGAAACAAGAAAGCUAAAAAGGCUAAAAAGGAAAUCAAUGAUGAGGAUGUCGACACAUGGUCAGAUAAUGUUUACGAUAGCGAUGCAGAUUCAGAUGUCGAAGUAUCAAAUUAUAUGACUGGGACAAAAAAGAAGGUUUUUGAAUUUUUAAAUACAGCUACCACAGUUGAACUACUCUCAGUCCCAUCUUGUACUCAGAACAGAGUAAAUAACAUUAUUGAAGCUCGACCAUUUUCAGGCUGGAGAGAUAUGGUACAAAAACUAGAAAGUGGAAAAAACAUGGGAGCUCAAAUCCUUAACUUGGCAUUAGAUGUUUUAAAAACUAGGACAAUAGUUUCAAAAUUGAUGGAAAAGUGCUUAAAGCUUGCCAUCUCUACUGAAGAAGCUAUAGCUGCAGGAUCUACUCGGCUCAAGGAACAGCCUUCUCUCUUGUGCCCUGAACUACGAUUGAAAAGUUACCAAAUGGUCGGCCUCAACUGGUUGGCUGUUAUGCAUUCCCAAGAUUUGAGUGGGAUCUUAGCUGAUGAAAUGGGUCUUGGUAAAACUAUCCAAGUGAUAUCAUUUCUUGCAUACUUAAAAGAAACAGGGGAGAGUAAUUACCCACACCUUAUUGUUGUACCUGCCACUACAUUAGAAAACUGGGCUGUGGAGUUUACCCGCUGGUGCCCAUCCUUGCGUGUGGUCGUCUACCAUGGCAGCCCCGAUGAGAGAAGGGCUCUCAGGGUCAUGUGGUUCAAAGAAAAAUUUAAGUCAAUGGAUGUUAUUAUAACUACUUACAAUAUUAUUGGUACCAAUUAUGAAGAAAAGAAAAUGUUUAAGAUUAUCAAUUUAGAUUACGUUGUUUUUGAUGAGGCUCAUAUGUUAAAAAAUAUGAAUACACAGAGGUAUGCACAUCUUUUUAAUAUUAAUGCCAAGCGUCGCAUUCUUCUCACUGGUACACCUUUGCAAAAUAAUUUACUGGAACUGAUGUCAUUGCUGAACUUUGUGAUGCCAAACAUGUUUGCCGAUAAGAUACAAUACAUCAAAACAUUCUUUUCUAAAAAUAGCAAGCUUCCAGUGGAAAAUCUUCCACAAUUUGAGCAAAAGCAAGUUGAACUGGCUAAAAGGAUUAUGAAACCUUUCGUUUUGAGGAGGUUAAAACAAGAUGUCUUACAGGAUCUCCCAAAGAAGACUUCAGCUCUGAUCACGUGCCCUCUGGAAGAAAAACAAAAAAUUAAAUAUGAUGAAUACUUGCAAGAAAUUAAAUAUUGUGCUGAGAAUGAUCGAGAAAAUUAUAAUUACAUGUCAUCGUUUAUGCAACUGAGAAAGUUAGCAAACCAUCCCCUUGCUUGUCGUUAUUUAUUCCAGGAUGAACAGCUUAAAGACAUGGCCGAAAGGUUGUCUUUUGAUUAUAAUUACAAAGGCGAUAAUAAAGAACAUAUACAUGAAGACUUGAUGUAUAUGUCAGAUUACGAAAUACAUCAGUUAACUGAGGAAUAUAGGUGUAUAUCAAAAUUUAAGCUAGAAGAUCGGAUCAUUUGUGAAAGUGGAAAAUUAAAGAAGUUGGAUGAACUCCUGCCAAAAUUAAAGGAAGAAGGGCAUAGGGUGUUAAUUUUUAGUCAGUUUGUAUUUAUAUUGGAUAUUCUGGAGCAGUACCUGAAAAUUAGAGACCACGAUUACCUACGCUUGGAUGGUUCAACUAGAAGCUUAGAUCGACAGGAAUUAAUUGAUAACUACAAUGAAGAUUCAAAUAUCUUCAUUUUUCUGUUAACCACAAAGGCUGGAGGAAUCGGUAUUAAUCUCACUACAGCAGACACUGUUAUUAUUCAUGAUAUAGAUUUUAAUCCUUACAAUGAUAAACAGGCAGAAGAUAGAUGUCAUCGAUUGGGACAGCAAAAGCCUGUUCAUAUUAUGCGACUCAUUAGUGAAGGUACAGUGGAAGAGUAUAUUUAUAAGAAAGCACAGGAGAAAUUGCACUUAGAACAGGAAUUAAUUGCGACUGAAGAGGAAUCAGAAGAGAAAAAGAAUGUAGAAGACCUGUUGAAGGAAGCACUUGGUAUACAGACCUAAACUGAUACAAGCACUUUCCCAUUUCAUGUACUGUAUUAAAGAAAUCUACUCUCAUUCCAUUAAUGUUUGUGUUAUUAAAAGGUGCAUUUAUCAUUUAUUUAAAUUGGUUCUGAAAGUGCCUUCCAUGUGAUAUUAGUGGUUAGUGUUGGAUUUUGACCUGAAGGAGAGAAAAGUGUUAUUUUUUUCUUUUAUACUAUUUAUUUUUAAAAAUCGCUGAAAAGUGAAUCCGAUUAUUUUUAUGUUAAUAAUUUACUUUUAUAUUUUAAACAUAAAAAAAAGAAAUGAUCUAGCUCAUCAUUUGUACAGCUCUGUACUUAACCGAUUCAUUGUUUAUAAAACUUUGAAUCUCUGUCAUAAGAUGUUUU